AUGACCAACAUGAGCUGGAGCUUCCUGACGCGGCUGCUGGAGGAGAUCCACAACCACUCCACAUUCGUGGGCAAGGUGUGGCUCACGGUGCUGGUGGUCUUCCGCAUCGUGCUCACAGCCGUGGGCGGCGAGUCCAUCUACUCGGACGAGCAGACCAAGUUCAUGUGCAACACGCGGCAGCCGGGCUGCGACAACGUGUGCUACGACGCCUUCGCGCCCCUGUCCCACGUGCGCUUCUGGGUCUUCCAGAUCGUGGUCAUCUCCACGCCCUCCGUCAUGUACCUGGGCUACGCGGUGCACCGCCUGGCCCGCGCCUCGCUUCACGAGGGCCGCCGCGCGCCCCGCCGCCGCGCGCCGCCGCCACCGCCCCCCAACCCCGGCUGGCCCGAGCCCGCUGGCCUGGCCGAGGAGGAGCCUAUGCUGGGCCUGGGCGAGGAGGACGAGGAGCCGGGGGUGGCCGAGGGGCUGGGCGACGAGGACGAGGCGGAGGACGUGAGCGCGGCCAAGGGCACGGGUGGGGAUGCCAAGGGCGCGGGGGCCCCAGGCCCAGCUGGGCCCCACGACGGGCGGCGGCGCAUCCAGCGCGAGGGCCUGAUGCGCGUGUACGUGGCCCAGCUGGUGGCGCGCGCCGCCUUCGAGGUGGCCUUCCUGGUGGGCCAGUACCUGCUGUACGGUUUCGAGGUGCGGCCUUUCUUCCGGUGCAGCCGCCAGCCCUGCCCGCACGUGGUCGACUGCUUCGUAUCGCGGCCCACCGAGAAGACGGUCUUCUUGUUGGUCAUGUACGUGGUCAGCUGCCUCUGCCUGCUGCUCAACCUCUGCGAGAUGGCGCACCUGGGCCUAGGCAGCGCGCAGGACGCGGUGCGCGCCCGUCGUCCACCACCCGCGGUCCCUGGCCCCGCGCCGCGCCCACCGCCCUGCGCGCUGCCCGCCGCGCCCGGCCUGGCCGGCCCGCCCGACUACAGCCUGGUGGUGCGCGCGGCGGAGCCCGCGCGCGCCCACGACCAGGACCUGGCUGGCCUGGCGCUGCAGGCGCUGCGAGACGGGCGCGCGCUCGGGGACCGCGACAGCCCGCCCUGCCCCGGCCUCCCCACGGCCGCCCGGGGGCCACCGAGGCCCGGCGCCCCCGCCUCCGGGUCGGGGAGUGCCACGUCGGGGGGCACGGGCGGCGGCCAGGGCCGGCCAGGCGCCAAGCCCAGGGCGGGCUCCGAGAAGGGCAGUGCCAGCAGCAGGGAGGGGAAGACCACCGUGUGGAUCUGAGGUCCCGCCCUCGCGGCUCUCCAACUCCCUCCGAGCCAGUGCUCGGGGUCAGAGCCCUGGGUGAAGGCUGGGGACUGGACGAGCUGGGCGCAGAGCACAACCAGCCCUCCGCCUCCUCCUCCUCCUCUUCCUCCUUGGCCCACCGCCUACCCUCC